CAUCUUGAAUCCUGUGGUGCCUGCCAGGAACAGAACUUCUGCAACAACAAAUAUGUCUGGAAGGCUGUGGUCCAAGGCCAUUUUUGCUGGCUAUAAAUGGGGUCUCUGGAACCAGAGGGAGCACACAGCAACUCUUCUUAAAAUUGAAGGUGUUUAUGCUCGAGAUGAAACUAAAUUCUAUCUAGGAAAAAGAUGUGUUUAUGUGUACAAAGCAAAGAACAGCACAGGGACUCCUGGUGGUAAACCAAACAGAACCAGAGUCAUGUGGAGAAAGGUAACCCGUGCUCAUGGAAGCAGUGGCAUGGUUCGUGCUAAACUCCGAAGCAACCCUCCUGCUAAGGCCAUUGGACACAGGAUCCAUGCAAUGCUGUACCCCUCCAGGAUUUAA